GUGGGAGGCGUGUCAUGUGACCGCGGACGGGAAGUAUUAACCUCCCGGCAGCCUUUGCGCCGUUCCUUUUCCCCCUCUUCCGCCGUCGGCGUCCGAGAUGUCGAAGCGAGGACGUGGCGGCUCUUCCGGUGCGAAGUUCCGCAUCUCGCUCGGUCUCCCCGUUGGAGCUGUGAUCAACUGUGCUGACAAUACAGGGGCAAAGAAUCUGUACAUCAUCUCCGUCAAAGGUAUUAAGGGGCGCCUGAACCGGCUGCCGGCUGCCGGUGUGGGUGAUAUGGUGAUGGCCACCGUCAAGAAAGGCAAGCCAGAACUCCGGAAAAAGGUUCAUCCGGCAGUCGUGAUCCGGCAGCGGAAAUCGUAUAGGAGAAAGGAUGGAGUAUUCUUGUAUUUUGAGGACAAUGCAGGGGUGAUAGUCAAUAACAAAGGCGAAAUGAAAGGCUCCGCUAUCACAGGCCCUGUCGCCAAGGAGUGUGCAGAUCUGUGGCCCAGGAUCGCCUCCAACGCUGGCAGCAUCGCAUAGACUCUUCCUGCGCUCUUUGUGAAGAUUGAAUAAAAGUGGUUGUACCAAA